AUGGCUACAGCAACUUCAACUGAUUUUUCCGUCUCAGGAGAAACACUUCAGUUUGGAAACAAUGAGAAAAACAUCUUAGCCUAUUGGAAACAAAUCAAUGCAUUCGAAACAAGUAAUAAAUUAUCCAAAGAUCGACCAAAAUAUACUUUUUACGAUGGGCCACCUUUUGCCACGGGUCUUCCUCAUUACGGACAUAUCUUAGCUGGAACUAUCAAAGAUACUGUCACACGUUGGGCAUAUCAAACAGGUCAUCAUGUUGAACGACGAUUUGGUUGGGAUUGUCACGGUUUACCUGUGGAAUACGAAAUUGAUAAAACACUUGGUAUCAAAGGACCUGAAGAUGUAGCGAAAAUGGGUAUUGCUACAUAUAAUAAUCAUUGUCGACAAAUUGUCAUGCGAUAUGCUAAUGAAUGGGAGGAUGUUGUCGAUCGAAUGGGUCGAUGGAUUGAUUUUCGACAUGAUUAUAAAACAAUGUAUCCAUGGUUUAUGGAAUCGGUUUGGUUUGUUUUUAAACAAUUAUUCGACAAAGAUCUCGUCUAUCGUGGUUUUAAAGUUAUGCCUUAUUCUAUGGGUUGUUGUACUCCAUUAUCAAACUUCGAAGCUGGACAAAACUAUAAGGAUACAGAUGAUCCAGCUGUUUGGGUAUCUUUUCCACUUGUUGAUGAACCAACAGUGAAAUUAGUUGCAUGGACAACAACACCAUGGACAUUACCAUCAAAUCUCGCACUUUGCGUUAAUCCUAAUUCAACUUAUGUGAAAAUUCUCGAUAAAACCAAGAAUGAAACUUUUAUUCUCAUGGAAAAACGCUUGGCUGAACUUUAUAAAAAACCUGAUAGUUAUCAAGUUUUAGAAACUCUUAAAGGAUCUCAAUUAAAAGGCUUACGUUACACACCAUUAUUUCCUUAUUUUGCUCAUGUUGAAUCAGCAUUUCGAGUUUUAUGUGAUGAUUAUGUAACAGAAGAAAGUGGUACAGGUGUUGUUCAUCAAGCUCCGUAUUUUGGUGAAGAUGAUCAUCGUGUUUGUUUGGCCAAUGGUGUUAUUAACAGAGAUACAGGUCCAGUUGUUUGUCCAAUUGAUGCACAAUGUCGAUUUACUGACGAAGUGAAAGAUUUUCAAGGACAAAAUGUCAAAGAAGCCGAUAAAGCAAUUAUCAAAUUUUUAAAAGAAAGCAAAAGACUUGUUCAUCAAUCAGUAAUGAAACAUUCGUAUCCAUUUUGCUGGAGAAGUGAUACACCGUUAAUUUAUCGGGCUGUUCCAUCCUGGUUCGUUCGAGUAGAAGGAAUGAUUGAUCGAUUAUUAGCGAACAAUAGCAAAGCAUAUUGGGUUCCUGAUUUUGUUAAAGAGAAACGCUUUGCUAAUUGGCUUCGUGAUGCACGUGAUUGGGCAAUUUCACGUAAUCGAUAUUGGGGUAAUCCUAUUCCAUUAUGGAUCAGUGAUGAUGGACAAGAAGUUGUUUGUGUUGGCUCAAUCGAAGAAUUACAACAAUUAUCUGGUGUUAAACUUGAUGAUAUUCAUCGUGAAUUCGUCGACGAUGUGACAAUUCCAUCUCGAACAGGAAAAGGUGUAUUACGUCGCAUUCCUGAAGUAUUUGAUUGUUGGUUUGAAUCAGGUUCAAUGCCUUACGCUCAAGUUCAUUAUCCAUUUGAGAAUAAAGAUACUUUUAUGAAUACAUUCCCAGCUGAUUUCAUUGCUGAAGGUAUCGAUCAAACUCGGGGAUGGUUUUACACAUUAUUAGUCAUUUCAACGGCUUUAUAUGAUCAACCGCCAUUCAAAAACUUAAUUGUUAAUGGAAUCGUUUUAGCGUCUAAUGGAGAAAAGAUGUCCAAACGAAAGAAGAAUUAUCCCGAUCCAAAACUUAUCUUCGAAGAAUACGGUGCUGACGCACUUCGACUCUAUUUAAUCACUUCACCUGUUGUACGUGGUGAAUCAUUGAAAUUCAAAGAAGAAGGUGUUCGCGAUGUGGUCAAAGACGUGUUCUUACCAUGGUACAAUGCAUUACGUCUUCUUGUUCAAUCUUGUGAUCAACUAAAAGUUGAUAAAAAAGUUACUUUCGUUUAUGAUGAAAAACGUCUGUACGCAUCAAUGGCAUCAAAUACAAAUGUCAUGGAUACAUGGAUCGUUUCGUACACUCAAACUUUAUUAGAUUUUGUUAAACAAGAAAUGGAUGCUUAUCGAUUAUAUACGGUCGUACCACGUCUUGUUAAAUACAUUGAUAUGUUAACUAACUGGUAUGUCAAACUGAACAAACGACGUUUUAAAGGAGAAACAUCACAAGAAGAUUGUCUUAUUUCAUUGAAUGUUCUUUGUUACGUUCUUUUGACAAUGUCGAAAUUAAUGGGACCAUUUACACCAUUCCUAGCGGAAUAUAUGUAUCAAGUUUUGAGAAAAUUAAUGCCACCUUCAUCGGCAGAUGCUUCGGAACAAGACUUGAGUGUUCAUUUCCAUUUAAUGCCCAAAUCCGAGAAUUCUUUGAUUAACAAAGAAAUCGAACGUGCUGUUGCAGCUGUGCAAACAGUUAUCUGUAUGGGUCGUGUUGUACGAGAACGAAAAAUCGUUCCAAUGAAAUAUCCAUUACCCGAAUUCGUUAUCAUUCAUAAAGAUGCAUCGAUACUGAAAGAGUUACAAUCAUUAGAAGAUUUCGUUCGAGAAGGUUUGAACGUUCGUAAAGUGACCUUUUCACAAGAUCGAGAACUUUAUGGUGUUGAAAUGCGCGCUGAACCUAAUUAUCCAACAUUGGGAAAGAAAGCUGGAUCGAAAGUUAAAGCAGUAACGGAAAAAAUCCGCGCAAUGUCGGAUGCAGAUAUUGAACAAUUGUUAUCUAAAGGAGAAAAUGAAGGUCCGUUGACAGUUAUCGACGAAAUUCCAAUUGAAACCGAAGAUGUUCAUAUUGUUUAUCGGGUUGCGAAACAAACACAAUUUGAAGCAACUGCUGAACAAGGAUUUGUUGUUUUACUUGAUUAUACAGCUGAUGCAUCAUUGAAAGAUGAAGGUCUCAUUCGAGAAAUUACUAGUCGUGUUCAAAAACUUCGAAAAGAAGCAAAAGUCAAACCAACGGAUGAUAUCAAUAUUUAUUAUGCUGUUGAGCCAUUAACAAGUGAAAUUGCUCGUAUUGCAUUAGAGCAACAAAAUGAGAUUACAACAAUUCUUGGAAAACCAUUUCUUCCUUUGGCAAGUUCACAAAAUAACAAAGUUAUUAUCUCAAAGAAAGUACCCGUGAAAGAUGGUGAAAUUGAAUUCGUUAUCACUGAAAAUAAUAAUCAUCAAUCAAUUCCAUAUAUAAUUCAUCACUCUUCUAAGAAGAUCAUCUGUCAAACUUAUCUUCCUUCAUACUACAGGCAGUCACAUGCAUUUGUUCGUAAUCAAACUGAAAUUCUUCUAUAUUUAAUAAUCACAAGAUUUCAAAGACUUCUCAACCUUUCCAUAUUUAUCUCUACAAUGAAUUCGUAUGAAAAGUUCAAUAUCCUUGAAUAUCUUUCUAUUCACCUGGAUAUUCAUUACGAAAUUUGUAAUUUGACUUGCAGCACACUGAUACUGAACUAUUUAAAUAACUUACAAUCAUCUUCAGACUCUCAAAAAUUAUACAAUGAUGAACAAUUCAAUGACGGAAAUCUUCUUCGACGAGAAACAUGUGGCACAUCAAGUGAAAUUUGCAAUUCUAUUAACUUUACAAAUACCAUCACUUAUCUUAUCUAUUCUAAUUCUUCUAUUUUUCUCAAUACAUCGAACAAUAUUACGUUAACAUUCGAUUUACCAAUGGUUAUUCAUUAUAAUCAUCUCGGUCGUGUUAGUCCAGCAACACAUGCUUAUUGUACAUGGUGGACAUUUCUUGAAUAUUCUCUCAAUGGCGCUGGAGAAUUGUUAAUGGCAACAAUAUCCAUUCAACGACAUAUUCUUAUCUUUCAUGCAAAUCUCUUCAAUAAUCGAUUAAAUCGAUAUGUUUUUCAUCAUUUACCACUUCUCAUUUGUAUUAUUUAUCCAAUAAUUCUCUAUUUGAUUAUUAUUGUAUUUGAUUUUUCUUGUGAUGGAACACAAUGGGAUUAUAGUUCAAAUGCUUGUGGAUUAGCAAAUUGCUUUAUGGUUUUCAAUAAACCAUUAGCUGCAGCUGAUUGGGGUGUUAAUAAUGGUUUUCCAAUCAUUGUCAUUACAAUUGCCAAUGUAUCUUUGAUUAUUCGAGUAGUUCGACAAAGACUUCGUCAACACGGAUCAGUUUCUUGGAAGAAACAACGACGAAUGACAAUACAAUUAUUAAGUAUUUCAUGUCUUUAUAUGAUCGCUUGGUUUCCAGGAAUAAUUGUGGCAAUUAUUCAACAUUUAGUAAUACCAACAUUUCUUUUAGAUAUUCAAGUUGAAUAUAUCUUUUAUUUAACAUAUAUGAUUUGUUUAUUUAUUCCUUGGAUUUGUUUGGGAUUAUUUCCGGAAUUUAUCAAAUGGAUUUGGAAAAACGUGACACCUCGAUCAAUGUCCAGUAAUGUGAUCAAACCAAUAAAAUAA